UGCCGCCUUCCACCAGUCUACUCUACCUAGCCAGUCCACUUCAGCGACCCUCGUCGACCGGAUCGACGUCUACGCGUCCGCUCUUUCCAUUAUUUUCGCGAAUAACGGUGCGUUCCCGCGCGUCCACUGCCGCGCCGCGGACCUGCCUCGGGAUCGCUGGCGUUUACGUCUAACCUGAUCUGGCUCUAUUUUCUUUCAUCUUCCAAAAGAGCAUCGAUUACUCUUACACGUUGAUUACUUCGCGUUGGAAUGCUAUGGUAAUCAGUACCUUCUUCUAAAAGUGGAGUACCUUAUCGCAACAUCGUGCAUCCGGGACUCUUCAUCUGUCAAUCAUCUGUUAUCGAGGAAUGAAAGAGUUUGCCGAGUGUGUCAGUCUGUGAUAUCUGUGCUACUUCGUUCGCAGCCUCUGACGAGGUCCUUUUGUUGAAAGGUCGUCGAAAAGUGCAGGUCACCAAGUGGUAGCGAGUGAUCACGAUGUAAAUCAUUUCCUCGAUCGACCUUGCUCGCAGACUGUGCCCUCCCUUCUUCUGCUGCCGGUAAAAUAACAGUGCACACUGUGAAAGACACGCUGGUGGUCAGCAGCAGGUGGCCAAUUGAUGUAUUCGCCUCACCGUUACGAGGAUGAUGAUGAUGGACAUGGGCAUGUACGGAACUUACGGCAAGCCUGACUCAUACCCUAACUACGUGUGCACGGGUCAAGGGAAUCAUCAUCAUCAUCAGCCCGUGUCCGUCGGAGGACACGUGCCGGUACCACCCUCGCCGGAACUUGCUCCGGCUCAUUAUUUCCCUCAGACAGCCGUCUCCCCUUAUUCCUCCUCUUCCUCGGAGAGUUUCCUGGCCGCGGAAUCGGCAGCCUCUUCUGGAACUCCUCCGCAAGGGUUCUACUCCCCGUCGGCCGGCGUUUUGCACGAGGAUGGAACCACGACCGCGAUCAUCUCGUCGGAGAAUGGUCUGAGCUACACGAAUCUGGACUACGCGACCUCUUCGUCUUCGGGCUAUCCCACAGGCCAACAGCACCAACACCCGAAUGGAUCCCACGGAUCGGUGGAUCCUCACCAGAGUUACCACGUCCAACAGGCGGCUUACAGAGACGAGCACCACCAUCACCAUCUUCCUGGCUCGACUAGCGGUCUCCACCAGACCUCGAUGGUCCCUCCUGCCCACAGAACGGAACACGAGCAGCAGUUGCAUCAUCAGUCUUCUAGUCAUCACCACCACCAUCACCAUCAUCAUCACGAGCCCGACUACCAGCUACCAGUCGCUGGUACCACCAACUAUCUUCAUCAACUGCCAACCACGGAGGACACGCUCCACUAUCACCCUCAGAUCCGGCAGAACGACUACACGGCACACACGACCGGUCAUUACAAGGAGGAAAACCCUGACCCAACGGCUUAUCACGUUCUCCAGCAAUCGGGACAUCCCCAACAUCCGCACCAGCAUGCACACGGGCAUCAUCACCAACAGCAUCCCCACGGACACCACCCACCACUGCCGCAACAGCAGCAACAACAACAACCACACGUACCCACCUACAAGUGGAUGCAGGUGAAGAGAAACGUGCCGAAACCUGUCGCAGCAAAGUCAAAUUCAAGCGUGGGAGACUACGGUGGCAGCAGUAUCGGUGGCGGGAACGCAUCUGCGUAUACAAACACCGCAAAUGGACCAGUGAGCUGUCUUACCGGUGGACCUCUGGUCGGCAUCGCAGGUGGCUUCAACAACACCGGAAGAACCAACUUCACCAACAAACAGCUCACCGAACUAGAAAAAGAAUUUCAUUUUAAUAAGUACCUGACUCGAGCGAGGCGCAUCGAGAUCGCAUCAGCGUUACAAUUGAACGAAACGCAAGUGAAAAUUUGGUUCCAAAACAGAAGGAUGAAACAGAAGAAGAGAAUGAAGGAGGGUCUUAUACCAAGUGAGAACACCACUGUGGCGCCACUCGGCGGUGCCAGGAGUAGCAGCAAUUCACCUACCAAUUCUUCGACUCACGAAGCGAGCAGUGGUCUUGGUUUAUCUAAUUUUACAAACGACAAUAGCCGGGAAUCACCACCCUCUUCGUCGAAAGAUUGACGCGUUCCUUGCUGCAGCAACGAACGAAUUUACGGUCUGCGACUUAACGAUGAUUGGUGAACAUUAAAAAAAAAAGAAUAAUCUUAUUUUAAUUCGCGUGACUCGGAUGGUAAUUCGAAACCAAUUUUCUUGCUGCAGCAGCAAACACCGAUUCUUAUCCCAAAAAUAAAUGUAAAAUAGAAAUUUGAUCGAAAGAGAAUUAUUGUAAUGAUAUAUCUAACAUAAUCUUCGGAUGAAUUAUCAAAAUUAAUAGAUAAUAGCAUAGAGAAAUUCGACAACGUGUGUACUGAUUCUUAUGUAAACUAUUUAUUAUCCUUUUUUUUAAUUUUAAAUUAAAUGAAAUUGAAAUUAAUCCUAGAGGGUUACCGUAUACAUCCGUUUUUGUAAAUGGUAUAACAAUAUUUAUAUGUAUAAGUAUAAAUACCAAUGAUUAAUCAACACUUAUUAUGUACAAAGAUUGUGAAAAUACUAUUUUAGGAUGCUCCUUAUUAGCAUCUAGAGAUUAAUCUUCUUUUUGGUGAGGACAAUUAUUGUUUAAUGUUAUCACCUUUGUCAUUCCAAUGGUUUCUGAUCAUUGUUUUGCUUACUAUUCUUUUUCUAUAUGUAACAAGUUCAGAAUUGAAUCUAAUAUCUCUGAUAAACUAAAUAGUUAAAAAAAUCUAACUAAUCAUUCGAUGUAAACAUAUGAAUCAAUGUAAAACUACAUCAUAAAUUUCAUAUUUUUGAGAAAUUCAACCAUCAUAUAAUGAUAGCAUGAUAACAGCAGUUGUGCUCCCAAUCUGUAUGUAUAUGUACAUAAAAUCUAAUAUAAAUCUUGCAUCAAUGAAAUAUUCAUCAUUAUACAGUAAAAUAUUAUAAAAAAACACACAGCAGAAAAAUAUAUAAUCAAAAUGCAAGAACAGAAGGAUAACUGUAUAAUGAAAUCCUUUCAAAAUGGUAGCAAGACUUAUAUUGAUUCUAUUUAAUUUAAUUCCAUCACUUGAAAGUUAACAAAGUAAUGUAAUCUUAUAGUUCUAUGGAUUAUAUUGAGAUUCAUUAAAAAAAUUCUGUACCUAAAUGAAUUCAAAUAUAAUAAAUUGUGAUUAUUCUGUAGUACUACAUAGAAUCCUGUAGAAAGAAUAAAGUAUUAUAUCACUCUGUAAAGAAAACUCAUAAAUCCCAUUGAAAUUCCGAAAUGAGAUAAUUUGGAAGUGAAAGAAUAAAAUUAGAAUAAACAUGCA